CAAAGUUGUAAAACUCCUACGAGUAAUCCGAGUACCUAACCUAUUUCAUCGAGUCUAAUCCGAGUCAUGAGUUUUUACAUAAAAAAUGAUAAGAAACUAUCAACAAAUCCAAUGUUUAAACAAGUAUAGCAAAAUAAUCGAGUUGAAAAAGAUUGUUUGAAUAUCAUCUCCCUUUAAACUUACCAGUUACCAACGUACCAUUAGGGAUACUCUUAUGUAGUCACGAGUAAAUCUAUUUUAGGGUUCAAACAACCCCCAUUGAUUCAGUUGCAGGCCAUUCUUUGAUAUGGUACUACAUUGUAGUUUAUGAAGCUGCAAGACGACAAGGUGUAUCAGAGAAAAUGGACUUUGAUCACGAGAAUGUCAGAUUAGUUGUGAAUGAAGAUAGAUUGAGCAGUUUGCCUGAUGAACUUAUUCAUCAUAUUCUCUCUUGUAUUGAUGACACCAAGUUUGUUGUUCAAACAUGUUUGCUGCUGUCUCCAAGAUGGCAGUUUCUCUGGAAGUCAUUGCCUCGUCUCAGCUUUUAUAGUGGUCGUUUCCCUACUCUACCUAAAUUCUCCAAGUUUGUGACCAAUGUUCUCUCUCGUCGCAACAAUCACGUGGAAGUGUCUUCGGUAAAGCUAAAAUACAGUGGAGCAGCCAGUCAAGCGUUUGUGAAGAAGAUCGCAAAUUAUGCGUUUUCUCACAAUGUCCAAGAAUUAAUCGUCAUUAGUUGGCCCAAAAACUACUAUGAAUACCCUCUUUGCCUUUUUAGCUCUACUUCUCUUAAGCAUUUCACUUUCAGCAGCGAGCUACUUGAUCCUGACUUUACACCUAAAAUGCCUAAGACACCUUGGAACUUUCCCGCAUUAACUACUUUGCAUCUCAGUGAAAUCACAUUGUGUGAGGAUAAGCGUGAAUACUUUGAUCUCUUUUCCAAUUGUGUGAACUUGAAGAACCUUUCUUUGUCAAGUUUCAGGGUCCAGGCUAAGGUAUUUGACAUCAUUUCCCCUCGACUUUCCAGUCUUUUGCUUAGCAAAAAAAAGUGUACAACUGUUAUCAAUGUGAUUGCACCUCAACUUGAAAAUCUUACUAUAAUUAAUUGCUCCAUCAAUCACUUGGAUGCGGCACCUGGACUUUCAUCUUUUGUCUACUCUGGUGAAGCUCCUCUAAAGUGGUUUAAAGGUAGUUUCCAUUUUCUAAACAAAGUGAGUGUCUGUUUUUCCUUCUGGCGUUCAAACAUGUUGUAUCGUGAGGAAGAUGCCCGUGAGACUAUCAGCAUGCUUCAAGAGCUCCAGAGUGUCAAAUUUCUUACGCUUAACUUUGACAUUGUUGAGUGCCUUUCUGCGUAUCCGGAUUUGCUGUCGCACCUUCCUUCACCUUUUAGCAACUUGAUUUGCUUAACUAUAGACCCCAACAUGAGGAGGGAUGCAUACAAAGUAAACAUGUCUACUGAAGCUAGAAACUUCUUGCUUGAGAACUCUCCAAGUGCAAUGUUCAUCAUGGAUAUACCCGAGGAACCACCUACAAAAGCAAUGAUCGCAAAACAGGCCAGGGAGAUGAAAAGAGCCAAACUGAUUGCAGAUAUUGAGCGUUGUAUGACAGAAUUGAAAACUUCACUAGAACAGGUAAAUACGGUCCUUGUUGAGAGAAAAGAAGCAGCGGAAAAGACAAAAGUAGCUCUUGAGAACAUUAUUCCGGAAGUAAAGGUAUGGACCAAGAAAACGAUAACGAAAAGUGAGCCUGAGCAACCAACAGAAUCUGCUGAGAGUCGGAAGGUUUUGGGUGGACUGAUGACCAAGUUUCUUGCUCGGGUCAAGAAGAUGGAAAAACUAGUUAUGCAAUAUGAUGACCUCUCUGUAGACAUUCGUUCAAAGAAGGAAUAUGUUAUAUUAUUAUUUGAAAAGUUGCCUAAGCGACAGAGGGCGGAGAUGGAAACACGCUACGCUCGUCAACUCGAAGAAGCAGAAAUUCUCUCUGUUCAUCUACACUCAACAUAUGAAGAUGCAUAUAACUAUCUAGAGGAAAUGCUUGGUGAUGUUACUGAAUGUAUAUCUGGUUGCAACUCAACAUGUCAAGACGUAUCCAGUAGCAAACUUCCUUUGGCAUCACAACCAUCUUCCUCUACUUCAGCCAUUCCUCGACCUUGAGUAUCAAUCCUUAGCCAUGAACCAUCCACCCAGAGACGCCAAAGAUCAUGACGGUAUAAAUAUGCUCCUCCCCGCAUAUUUCAUACAUUUUCCCAUGGAAAAGUCAGAGUUAUCAUCAAAAUUGACUUGGUUGGGGUUGUUCUUGAAUCUUAGUCUUUUUUUUUUUUGUGCUGUUAAACUUUUAUUUACUAGGAGCGUUUUCUUUACAUGAUUAUAUGAUGCCAUUUUGUACGCAA